AUGAAACUCUAUAUAUUGUUUUUUGUUUUUGCACUCAGCAUUUUAUUAAUUGGAAGGCCAAAAAUAGUUGAAUCUAGCUCUUUUGUAAGUAUUCAGGGUUCACCAAAUAAAAAAAGCAGAAGUGGAAUUUUUGGUAAACUCCGCGAUCUUUUUAAGAGAAAUAAGAAUAAAUCAAAAAAAGUAGAAAAUGAAACUACAACUGAUUCAAAUUAUGCAAAAAACGACUAUGGUAACUUCCUUGAUCAAUCUGAAGCUGAGGAUUCUGAAGAUUCUAAAACUCAAUACUUAGAUACUAAUAAAGAUGAGGCUUCAUCUGGUUUCUCAGAGGGAUCUUUAUAUCCACCAGAAGAACCCGAAAUCUUCCCUCAAGACAAAGAUUUAGGUUCAGAAGAAUCAAAAUCCGCUCCACCACCAGCACUUAACCAAUUUUCUGAGGAAAGUGCAUCUUUUGCAGAUUCUGAGCAGCUGAAACCUCAAGAACUUAUUUCAAUUUAUGAAGAUGACUACGAAAAUAACAGAAUAGGUGAACCAGGAUUACACAAGGAUAUUAAAGAAGAAUCUGAAAAGAGCAAGAUUUCAGAAAUUGAGGAAGAACAAAAGCCAUCUGUCUAUGAAAAAUCAGUGGAGCAGGAAGAGUCAACCAAAGCCGAUGUUUUGGGAUCUUUGGAUUCUCAAAUACCAGAAGAAAUUUCUUUACAGGAGGGUUCGGCCAAGAGUCUCCAUUCUUUGGAAAAGUCUAAAUCUGAUAUUAUUGAAGAUAAUGAAAAAGAAAAUGAAGAGUCUAAAAAACCGAAGUUAGAUACGACUUCUGGUGAAGAAAACCACUAUGAUGCAUCUUAUGACUCCAACUUGGAAGAAAUUGAAAAGUCAAUUUCGGAAUAUAGAGAUAAAUUUAGCGAAAACUUUUCUGAUGAACUUCCACACGAAACCUAUGAUAGGUUGUUAAACGAGGCUUUGAACCAUGAAUCUCAAUCAACUUUAUCUUCUGAAAAAGAAAAGAGCUUGAGAGACGAGGAGAAUUUUGGUUCUGAAAGGUCCGAAAGCAGUUCAACCAUACCAAAGAAAGAAACUUCAGAGAUCGAGAAAUAUUUGGAGGAAACAGCUAAUGCUAGAAUGGAAGAAAGUGAAGCAAGUACUGCUGAUCCGGAGGAAAGGGAAACUAUAGAUUUGAAUGAGAGCUCGUCAAAAUAUGCCUCUCAAGGUGUCACUGAAGAGGAACCUGAGGACUUAGAAGACUACUUAGUUGGAGUUGACAUCAAGGUUCCAAUGAGUUCCGAACAUUCAGUAAAAAGUGAUAUUAAAAGUGAUCAUAUUUCAACAGAAUACGACAGAGAGAAAACUAAGAGUGCAACUUCACCUCUGCAGGAACAAGAACAAGAGCUAGAAUCAGAGAAAGAAUCUGAACAGGAAUUUGAAGAAGCUUCUAAAAGUGCUGAGGAAAGCACUCAACCUUCGGAAAAAUCCACUGGAUUUAUUUCAAGACUCUCAAAUUCUUUAAGAAAUUUUAUAAGUUCUUUUGGGGAUUCUAAAAAGGAACCAAGUGUGAGUGUGAGUAAAAAAGAAGAAUCCAUACAGGUUCCUUUUGAGGAAACACAGAAACCGAUUGUUGAAAGCUCGGAAAAAGAAGAAAUUGAAGAGUCUGAAGAAUUACCAGAUCCCAACAAAAGCAGAGUAAAAAUGUUAAUUGAACGUUUUGAGAGAGAAAAUGCGCGUAAUAUGCCUGUUCCAAUUGGCGUUCCAAGAAAUAGGUUAGGACUUAGAGAUACAGAAAGAAAUACUCCCAAAAAAAAUGUGGAUAGCCUAAUUAAUUUUUUCGAAGCUGAAGACAUAAAAGCGAAAGAAGAGGCAAAAAGAUAUCAGGAAAGCAAGCAAAAACGUGAAAUGAGUAGAGCUGAAAGUUCCGUUUUACAAUUACAGGAAAAUCCUGAAGAGGAUUUGGGAGAGAUUCAAACGGAAAACACGAAAAUUGAGGAAAGUCCAGAGUCUGGCGAGGAGAGAGAGGCGGAAAUUAUGAGGAGUAUUAAUGGUGAGCCUUCGUCAGAAUUAUCUAAUGUUGGAUCUGAAACUUCAGUAGUUUCCCAAAACUUGGAUUAUGAUGAGUCUCAGGAAGAAUUAAGCUUGCCACUUAUUAUUCCCAGUAUAGAUGGACAACAUGAAUUAGCGGGUGGCCUCAUUUGGGCCCUAGGGGUUGGUAAGUAUGUUUGUAAUUCCAAAACUUCCCCUGCGAAAUUCAUCUUUCCACCGCUUUCCAGCAACGUAUUGGUUUCCGCUCCAAACCAAGAACAAAUAACAAAGUUGCUACAGCUUUCUGGAAGUGAGGUAUCAGAAAUGAUUGCAGAUCUGGUAUCAUCUGUUCUAAAUCAAAAUUGA